ACACAAGUGUGUGUGAGUGAGAAACCCCCUAUUGCAAGCGCACAAUAACAUGCAUGGUGCACCACCCUAUUGACACAAGGAGAACAUACCUUCCAGCACAAAUCCCGCCUCUAGCGUGUCCUGGAUGUACGAGAACAGCGCCUGCACAUGAGUGUCCAGCGCGUCGCCUCGUGCGCCCCUCAGCAGCUGGGUCGCCUGCUCGCCCUACAAAAUAGUGCAAACGCCGAGUAAGUGCAGUGGGCUGUCAC